UGUAUUCGCUUUUUACUCAUGUGAGCGCUUGUUAAAAACAUACAUGAUAUCAUAAAAACAGGAAGAAGGGAGAGAAACAGCCGUUUAAAUCGCUCAGCAGGUGAAGCCUGGGAUCAGUGAGUCACUGACAUCAGCAGCGCUCGAGCUGUUCUGGGUACAGUGAGGCUACAAACUGGCUGUGAUCUGGAAUAAAGAUUAAUCAGAACCUUAUCAUUAACUUUUUUUUUAAAAUAAUGAUGCUUUCCCAGCAAAAGAAGUGCAUAUAGGCGACUGAUAUUAAAACCACUCGAGCUCCAUCAUGUUCUGCUGCACUGCUGUGUCAUUAAAAUCCCAGGCUCGCCUUGACCCAGUGAUGGAGGCCUUACUGAUGAUACAAGUUUUUAUAUGAAGCAUUUUGAGUUAGUCAUGACCUCACGUGCCGGCCCAAGAACUGCCAGGACUGAUGGGAGUGACUUCAAGCAUAGAGAGAAAGUGGCUCCUCAUUAUCAGAUGAGUGCUUCCUUAAAGUCUGAGAUCAAGAAGCUGACCAUAGUGCAUCUCGUUAUAUGGUUACUCAUUGCUUCCCAGGUGACAGUUGCCCACUUUAAGCUGUUCUCCCAUGAUGUAGUGGCCAUGCCCUAUCAGUGGGAGUACCCAUACCUCCUCAGCCUGCUGCCCUCACUGCUGUCUAGCAUGGCCAUGCCCAGGAACAACAUCAGCUACCUGGUGAUCUCCAUGAUCAGUGCUGGCCUAUUUUCUGUGGCUCCACUCAUUUUCGGUGCCAUGGAGAUGUUCCCGGUGGCACAGCAGCUGUACCGACAUGGCAAGGCUUACCGAUUUAUCUUUGGCUUCUCGGCAGUGUCAGUGAUGUACCUGCUGAUGGUGAUCGCCAUUCAGGUGCAUGCAGGGCAAAUUUACUACAGCAAGAAGCUACUGGAUGCCUGGUUUGACUCCACACAGGAAAAAAAGAAAAAAUAAAGAGACUUUUGUUGAACUGUUUACAAGUCAUACUGUUGUACAUUACUCACAGGUUUGACAUGCAUGGAAUUAGUAGAAAGGAUCAAACGUACAUAAAACUGGGCUUUGUUUAUUCUUUACGUCGUGGCCACUAUCACAAUAUAUUUAGACAUUCAUUUCAGAAAGGACAUUAUAAAUGAUACUUCUGUUGAGUGAAGCACCUCUGACGGUCAGCUGUAAUUUAUGUAUAGACGUACAUUGUUUUAUUACACCAUCUGCUUUUUAAUUCACUGGUAUUUUUAUGCUGUCGCAAUAAAAAGGUUUAAAAUA